AUGUCUGAUCCACCGACACAAUUAUCUCUUCCUCCAACUCUUCCCUACCCGAUAACGAUCACACGACUACUGGUAUCCAACGGCACGCAAGUCAAGCGAGGAUCUCCACUCCUCGAGUACUCAUUCCUGUCUAAGGAACAGAGGGACGCUAUCGCCAAACGGGAAAAGACAGGUAGGAGAGCAGAUACUAGCAGAGGAGAAGUUGAAGGCAACGAUCGAUCUGGAACUUGGGACUGUUUGAUAGAAGGUGAAGUUGUAAAAUGGGAAAACUGGGCCGCAGUAGGGACGAUAGCCGAAAGAAGACAAGCUGGUCAACCACUAUUGAAUGUUUUCCAACCUUGUUCACAUCCGGUUCAGCUACAUGGAAUGUGUGGAAUCUGCGGUGCUGAUUUGACCGAAGACGACUAUCUCUCUAUUCCCGCUCCGGCUAGUAUAUCAAAUCAAGCUGGACCAUCAAGACAUCCAGGUGGAUUCGAAGUGACUCACGAUUCCAUGGGAGUGACAGUUUCAAAGAAUGAAGCCGAAAGGUUAGAUAAUCUAACUAGAGACGCUCUGUUAUCGACCAGAAGAUUAUCUUUGAUAGUUGAUUUAGAUCAAACUAUCAUACAUACCACUGUUGAUCCAACUGUAGCUGAAUGGAUGGAGGAAAUUGAAUUUGAUCAAAGUUAUAACAAUGUGGAAUCUUCAUCACCUUCGCAAUCUGAGACCAGAUCAACUACGCCACCUUUGUCCCCCACGACUGCAGCAGGAUCAGACGCACCGAAUAUGCGUCCCACAGAAUCGACAACACCACCUACAUCACCUCACAUAGCUAAUCUUGCUUUGCCCAAGAUAUCACCCCCUAGGAGAUCGAAAGAGAAGAAUCCAAAUGCAGUGGCCUUGAAAGAUGUAGCGAAAUUUCAAAUUGCAGAUGAUCUUCCUCCUGGAUAUACCAAACCACGUAGGAGACCAGGCCAGAAAUGGAUCGAAAUGCAAGGUAGAUGGUAUUUCACUAAACCAAGACCUGGAUUACAGAAGUUUCUCGAUGAAAUGUCCGAAUUGUAUGAAAUGCACGUGUACACAAUGGGAACAAGAUCUUACGCAGAUGCGAUUUGUAAUGUUAUUGAUCCAGAUGGUAGGAUCUUCGGUGGAAGGAUAUUAAGUAGGGAUGAGAGUGGAAGUUUCAGUUCGAAAAAUCUCAAAAGACUAUUCCCGACAGAUACUUCUAUGGUAGUGGUCAUUGAUGAUAGAUCAGAUGUGUGGGCAGAUUGUCCAAAUCUAGUCAAGGUCGUACCUUAUGACUUCUUUGUGGGGAUAGGCGAUAUCAACUCCUCUUUCCUUCCCAAAAACAAAUCAACUCCACCACCUUCGCCCACAGCAGGGUCUUCUCAAGCUCCGUCACCAUCAACAACGUCCUCCUCAUCAACUGAAUCCACCCCUCCACCUGCCACGCCAGAGGGCGAUGUACCUUCGGUUGAAGACGGACUCCUGCUGAAGGCGAAGUUGCUGGAUGAUCUUAGCGAGAGUAGGCCUUUAGCGAAAAUGCAAGAACAAUUGGAGCAUGAUACUGAUCUGACAGACGGCUCGAAAGGGUCAGCAAAGGAAGAAAAUGGAUCGACAGACGAAACAAUAAAGGAAACAUCGACGGAACUGAACUAUGCCAUGAGAGAGGAAAACGGCCCUCAAUCACAUGUUUCAAUUCCUACUCAAUCUACAACUCCACCUAAACAGAGAAAGCCAAUACUAAAUCCCAACGAUUAUGAGCUCAUUCGAGUUUCCAACAUCUUACGUGAAGUGCAUAAUAGAUUCUACAGAGCAUACGAUUCUUUGGAAGAUUGGAGUCCCGAGAAAUCCUUGCCUAUGAGCUGCGAUGUCGAAUUCAUUAUUCCUGAACUCAAGUCAAAGGUCCUGGAAGGAUGUAACCUUGUUUUUUCGGGACUUAUUCCCCAAUCUGUAAAUCCUGAGAAUACCGAAAUAUGGCAAAUGGCCGAAACGUUUGGUGCACUUUGUUCGUUAUCUCUUCACCCUCGCAUAACACAUUGUGUGACUGCUAUAUUGAACACCGAAAAGACCUACAGAGCAUCAAAGUUACCUGACGUGAAAAUAGUAUGGGCGAAUUGGUUCUGGGAUAGUGUCGCUUUAUGGCAUCGUCAAAGAGAAGAUAGAUACCUUGCCAAAAAGCUCGAUGAAGACAUACCAUCCAUGUCUUCUACCUCAACCUCGUCGCAGAUUGGCACAGUCAACGAAGGGACUUCUGAUGGUGAAGAUGAAAACGAUGUCAAUGAAGAGAAGAACACCGGUGAUGGGGAAGAAGGUGGGAAUGCGGAUGAACAUGAAGAUAUGGAUGAUGAUCAAAAUGUCGGAACAGGUUGGGACGAAGGUGCAGAUGCUGAAUGGGAAGCAUUCAUGGCUGAAGAUGAUGAUGAAGCUUCUGAGAGAGGUAGUAUAAGGUCCAUCGAUAGUGUUCCCUCCACACCAAGCAAGAAACGAGUGAGGUAUGCGGAUGAGGAGAGUUUACCCUUGGAGGUUUUUAAGGACCCUUCGCCGACGCAUCCAGACGAUCCAGCACCUAAAAGGCGAAAACCACUCUUACUAGAAGCUCCAGCAGAAAGUGACCUAGUACCGGAACAAAAUCGAUUCGAAUACAAAGUAUUUGCCAAGGGUAAGGCCAAACCUGAAAGUCAAGAGCAAGAUCAAAGAAUAUCCGCAGAAGAGCCAGAAAACGAAAUUGAUGCGCAAAGUAUUGCUGGAACGGAAGGUACAGAAGGGGAGGGCACGGAAGAGGAUGAGUUUGCUAUGAUGCUCAUGGACAGUCUAGCUAAUGAUGAAGAGGCGGAGGAAGACGAAGGAGAAUAA